GGGGGGCUCUCAUUAGGAAUGCGGACUCGUUCCUUCGCUCUCGUAGUCUGGAGCCCAGCAUCAACGUGCGGAAGCUCAGCGUUGCCGAGUAGGGUAAAGGCAGCAAAAAAAAAAAAAAAAAGCAGGAGGCAGCUGUGACGGUCGCUCCGCUGUGGGGAAGGGAUGGGGGCCAUCGCUCCUUUUGGGUCCGUAUCCAGCGACAGCUCAGGACUCCCUGUCCUACAGCCUUAGGAAGAAGCUAAGGAUCAUAGUCACUGGAGAGCUGAGAGGACACGCACUCUUCCAUUUCUCCGCCUCUCUUGGAGUGCCUCUCUCUUCUUCCCGUUCUCCCAGAAGGAAAAGGCAGGAGUGCUGAAGAGGAGUCAGAAGGAGUACAGAGCAUGGGGGGAGCAGCCAGAGGAGGAGGAAGAGGAGGUGGCAGCAGUGGCCGAGGCUGUCCAGCCGAGCUCUGCCGGCUUCUCUUACUGGGGUUUUGCUGCUGGGUUGCAGGCGCUGCGGCUGUCCGAGGAAAUGACAAUGGUGAUACCCUACCUGAGUCCAUUCCAUCAGCUCCUGGGACACUGCCUCAUUUCAUGCAGGAGCCGGAUGAUGCUUACAUUAUAAAAAGCAACCCGAUUGCCCUGAGGUGCAAAGCCAUGCCUGCAAUGCAGAUUUUCUUCAAAUGCAAUGGAGAGUGGGUCCAUCAAAAUGAACACGUGUCUGAAGAGAGCCUGGAUGAGAGUACAGGCCUGAAGGUCCGAGAAGUGUUCAUCAAUGUUACCAGGCAGCAAGUAGAGGAUUUUCAUGGACCUGAAGACUAUUGGUGCCAGUGUGUCGCAUGGAGCCAUCUGGGUACCUCUAAGAGCCGGAAGGCAUCAGUCCGCAUAGCCUAUUUACGGAAAAACUUUGAGCAAGAUCCCCAGGGAAGGGAAGUCCCUAUUGAAGGGAUGAUUGUCCUACACUGUCGCCCACCAGAGGGUGUCCCUGCUGCAGAGGUGGAAUGGCUAAAGAAUGAAGAGCCUAUUGAUUCCCAACUGGAUGAGAACAUUGACACCAGAGCUGAUCACAACUUAAUUAUCAGGCAGGCUCGCCUCUCUGAUUCUGGGAAUUAUACCUGCAUGGCUGCCAACAUUGUUGCCAAGAGAAGAAGCUUGUCAGCUACUGUUAUUGUUUAUGUGAAUGGAGGCUGGUCUUCCUGGACAGAGUGGUCAGCCUGCAAUGUUCGCUGUGGUAGAGGUUGGCAGAAACGUUCUCGGACCUGCACCAAUCCCGCUCCACUCAAUGGGGGUGCCUUUUGUGAGGGAAUGUCAGUGCAGAAAAUCACCUGCACUUCUCUUUGUCCUGUUGAUGGAAGCUGGGAGGUAUGGAGUGAAUGGUCAGUGUGCAGUCCAGAGUGUGAGCAUCUGAGAAUACGGGAGUGUACAGCACCACCUCCAAGAAAUGGGGGUAAAUUCUGUGAAGGUGUGAGUCAAGAAUCAGAGAACUGCACAGAUGGGCUCUGCAUUCAAGAUAAAAAACCUCUUCAUGAAAUAAAACCCCAAAGCAUUGAGAAUGCCAGUGACAUUGCUCUGUACUCAGGACUGGGAGCUGCAGUCAUUGCCGUGGCCGUUCUGGUUGUUGGAGUAACCCUGUACAGACGGAGCCAGAGUGACUACGGCGUGGACGUCAUUGACUCCUCUGCACUGACAGGUGGCUUCCAGACCUUCAACUUCAAAACAGUCCGUCAAGGCAACUCGCUCCUAUUGAAUUCCUCCAUGCAACCUGACCUGACAGUGAGCCGUACCUACAGUGGGCCCAUCUGCCUGCAGGACCCCCUGGACAAGGAACUCAUGACAGAAUCUUCACUCUUUAACCCGUUGUCGGACAUCAAGGUCAAAGUCCAGAGCUCAUUCAUGGUUUCCCUGGGAGUAUCAGAACGAGCAGAGUACCAUGGCAAGACCCACUCUGGGACAUUUCCUCAUGGGAAUACCAGAGGUUUUAAUACGAUACACCCCAGGAAUAAACCCCCCUAUAUGCAGAAUCUCUCAUCACUCCCCACCAGAACAGAGCUGAGGACUACUGGUGUUUUUGGCCACCUGGGAGGGCGUUUAGUGAUGCCAAAUACAGGGGUGAGUUUACUCAUACCACAUGGAGCUAUCCCUGAAGAUAAUUCUUGGGAAAUUUAUAUGUCCAUCAACCAAGGUGAAGCCAGCCUCCAGCCAGAUGGAUCAGAAGUACUCCUGAGUCCUGAAGUCACCUGUGGGCCUUCAGACAUGGUAGUCACAACUCCCUUUGCUUUGACCAUACCUCACUGUGCUGAUGUCAGUUCUGAACACUGGAAUAUUCAUUUGAAGAAGAGGACCCAGCAGGGCAAGUGGGAGGAGGUGAUGUCAGUGGAGGAUGAAUCGACUUCCUGUUAUUGCCUUUUGGACCCCUUUGCAUGUCAUGUCCUCCUGGACAGCUUUGGGACAUAUGCACUCGCUGGAGAACCCAUCACCGAUUGUGCUGUGAAGCAACUCAAGGUGGCCGUCUUUGGCUGUAUGUCCUGCAACUCCUUGGAUUACAACUUGAGAGUCUACUGUGUGGACAAUACCCCUUGUGCAUUCCAGGAAGUGGUUUCAGAUGAAAGGCAUCAAGGGGGACAGCUACUGGAAGAACCAAAGUUGCUGCAUUUCAAAGGGAAUACCUUUAGUCUUCAGAUUUCUGUCCUUGAUAUCCCCCCUUUCCUUUGGAGAAUUAAACCAUUUACUGCAUGCCAGGAAGUCCCAUUUUCUCGGGUGUGGUGCAGUAACCGACAGCCCCUGCACUGUGCCUUCUCCCUGGAGCGCUACACUCCCACCACCACCCAGCUGUCCUGCAAGAUUUGCAUCCGGCAGCUCAAAGGCCAUGAACAGAUCCUCCAAGUGCAGACAUCCAUCCUUGAGAGUGAAAGAGAAACCAUCACAUUUUUUGCACAAGAGGACAACACGUUCCCUGCACAGACUGGCCCCAAAGCCUUCAAAAUCCCCUACUCCAUCAGACAGAGGAUAUGUGCAACAUUUGAUACUCCCAGUGCCAAAGGCAAAGACUGGCAGAUGUUAGCACAGAAAAACAGCAUUAACAGGAAUUUAUCUUACUUUGCUACCCAAAGUAGCCCAUCUGCUGUCAUUUUGAACCUGUGGGAAGCUCGUCAUCAACAUGAUGGUGACCUUGACUCCUUGGCCUGUGCUCUUGAAGAGAUUGGGAGGACACACACGAAACUCUCAAACAUUCCUGAAACUCAGCUUGAAGAACCUGACUUCAGCUACAGCAGGCAAAAUGGACUUUAGUCCAUCUCCUCUCAUGGACAGACCGAUGGCCAGCUUUGUGACUUUUUCUUUAGGUGGGGAGAAAAGAGGUGGCUUUUGGCCCAGUGUUUUUUGGGAAAACUCAACUUCAUUUAUAAUCAGAGAGGGACAUCACUUGAAGAAACUGAAAACUGUCUUGGUAAAUCAGGUUAAUGUUGGGAAGGUUCAAGCUUGCAUCCAAAAGGCCCCACUGUCCCAUCUGAAUUAAUGCCUACUUAACUCUUGGCCAAUUCUACAGAAUUGAAGUGGAAAAAGGGACACACAAUGCCUUUAAAGAGGCUCAUAUUUUUGGAAUUGUUAAUGAGUCAAAACAUAUCAGAUGCCAGCAAAAUAGAGAUUGAAUAAAUGUGUAGUUUGGAAAAUGUUUAUAAAGUAAUGAUGUUCCCCAAGGGCCAAAUUAGUCUGAUAUCAAUAUCAGAUUGUUGUGUUUUUUUUUAACCAAUUGAUAUUUGUAAUAUGGGAAAAAAGUAUAAAACUGGCCUACAUAAGUAACAAUCUUGCCGGUCCAUUUCAACCAUGUCACCAGCAAGAAAUGAGCAUUUAGAACUCAGAAUCUAUGUAAGUCACACCAGCACCACCUCCCAAAUUAGCCCAUGACAGACCCCCCCCCCCCAGGUUAGACAAGGGCCACUAGGAGGAAGAAUAGGAUGAUUAAAUAUUUGACUAUAUCCUAUAGUCCUUCCAAAAGCCAAGAUUCACCUCACUCCUUCCUGCCAUUCCCCCUCAAUGCAGAAUAGUAAGGGACUGUUUCCAGGUGCAUCAAUGACCACAGUUAAUCAUCACUGCAUGGUGACUUAGGAUGAUAGCCAUUGCUCACAACUGUAUAGAGCAAGGCCCUGAACCCCACCACCUCUCCUCACAGCUGAGCCACAUCAUUGCAGUAGAAUCAAAUCCCUCAUAACACAGCUGGGUAUUGGCUUUGGCCAUGAACCAAGUCAGUUUACUUCCCAGGAAACAGCUCCAUAAGCUGAAAGCCUCAAAGAGCCUGGUUCCUUUACAAGACAGUAAGUGUUAGCCAGAUCCCCCCAAUACUACCACAAGAAAAUGGAGUUGUACUCUACGUUUUUGAUGAACCUUACUAAAAAUGCUUAUUUCAUUUUUAUAUCAUUGAGAUUUUACAGAUAAAUUUACUCUCCACUAAAACUACUUUUUCCCUAGGAAAUUUCCUUUUUCGGGGAGGCAGGCGGGGAAGCCAAAAUCAUUCAUUUUGGAUAAUACCUGGCAUAAAUGCAAUUUAAGUAAAUAAAUAUUUAAGUGCUUGCUGAGUAUGAGGCACUAGGAAUAUGAAGAUAAAAAUGAAAUACCCCCCCAUCCUCAAAGGGCUAUCCUAUAAUACAAGCUAUAGCAACACCCUCAGUUCCCUCAUUUAGAUGUUUUUUUCUGGCAACAUCAUAAUAGUAUGUAGUUAAUUUUUAGUCUUGUGGGGAAAAAGUAGUUUUAGUUGCCCUAAAAUAAUUGAAAUCCACAAAAAAAUCAAUUAAUUUAGUUUAACCUUCUUUCCCAUAAAAUCGUUUUGACCAGAGAUUUAUGCAAAUAGUCCAAAGGGUUCUGUUUAGGUUGCCCUCUACUCUCUAGCUAUGUUUAUGAAGACAUAUUAACUCCAAGGAUAACAUUUCUGGCAUGACAACAGAAGAAAGGAGAAGGAGGCAGGAACCUGAAAAGGCCACAAGUUGGAUAAGCAAACCCUAACUUUCCUAAAGGACUUGGUUCUACCAGCAACAGGGGGAAAAGGAGAAAAUUUACAAUAUCCAAAGAGAUGAAAAUAACAAACUAUAUAAAUGUGUAAGUUUAUCCAAAGAAGAAGCUUCCUGAAUAACUAUUAAAAUUUGUAAUUACCUUUUUUUAGAGCCCUUUAAAAAAUCCAAAAAUCAUGUCACAAGGAAAAGAGUCUAAAGGCUUGGAAUUUAUGAUGCCAUAUUUAAUGCAGUCUGGUGCAUAUUGACUCCUGCAUUGGUUUUACUAUGUCAUAUUUAGCAGCAUAAGGCUUUUCUCAGGAACUGAAUGGAUUAUUGUACAGAACAGACAAAACCACUUAGAACUGUCAAACCCAUUUUCUGAAAUACUGUCUCUAGAUCAGGAGAAUGCCCUUUUCUUAAUAGUCUUCAACAUGUUUAUCCCUUAUAGGGAACAAUGGAGAGAAACCAUGGAAGUAUAAAUCAUUUGACAUCUCUGAAAUAGUUUCUUGAAGAGGCAGCUUUGGGUAGAGUCAAUCAUCAAAAGAAGCAUCGAACUGACUUCUUAGGAGGAGAGAUUGGGGGAGAUUUGGCAGAGCAGCUGUUUUCAACUCCUCAGAGAAAAUAGAAAGUACCCCCAUCUUUUUUUUUCUGCCCUAAUGUAGGACACUCAGAAUUUUUCUCUUCUCUCCUGAAUGGGCUUCUAAACAUUUUAUCCAUUAAUGUGAAUUAAGACAGACCUUGAAUGACUCUUAGCAUUUUAAAAGAGUGCUCUUAAAUUUGACAACAGACCCAAAAUUUAAAUAAGGCUAAUGAGAAUUUAUUUUGAACAUUUAAAGGCAAAAUGGAGCCAUUUUUACUUUCUGAAUAUUAACUCAGUGGAUUUUUUUCAACUGUGGCUUUUGCAAAUAGGCUCAUCUGAUAAAGAGACAGACCAUUCCUUAAGAUCAUCAAGAUCAACACUUAUUUUUUGAAUAAGGAAACCGAGACUGAAAGGUUGAUUUAAGAUGCAAUUGAUCAUUUCAAGGAAUGUCAAAGAAAAUAAAAAUCUUGUUUGAAUAUCAGUCAAAUGUACAAACAAACCCUUUGAUCUAUUCUUUUUCCUCUCUUUCCCCUCCUUCCCCCAUUUUAUAUAUUAAUCUCCCUCCUUUGGAUAUUAGGUGCAGAAAAGGCUAAAGUUGAAUUCUUGCUGCAUUUAUAAUCAUUCAACAAUGUGGCAAUGGACAUCCAAGAAGAGAACUUGCAAGAUUUAAAGAGAGAACUUGCAAGAUGUACACAGCAAUGGGCUUUAGGGGCAGAUCAGAUAAAGCCUUAGAUCAUCAUUUGAACCUUGGACCACUUAUCCCAACCUAAACUCCUAUAUGGUCUUUCAUGUUUGGCCAUCCCUGCACUGAGACCAGCCAAGCAAAUGCCCCUCUUGAAAGAGAUUUCACUUGUCAUUCUGAGGCCUUAUUUUGAUAAACUGUCUUGGUCAUCCUUUUGUACCGGGAUUAUGCACUGGUAAAAGUAAGAGAAGGAAAAAGACAGAGAUAGAGAAAAAAAGAGAGACAGAGAGAUACAAAACCCUUUAGUAUUUGGUGGCCUAUUUUAGAAAAUGUCAUGAUGCCACCCCCUGCCAUUUUUGAUCCUGUGAGUAAUCUAAAACUAAUAGUCAUACUUUCAAAAUGACUUACAAUUAUAUCACCAAAAUGGUACACUUCAUAGCUUUGUCAGACUGCAGCAUCAUAAAGUUAAUUUAUGAGUUUUACAACAUUGCUUGUGCAGUCUGACUAGUUUACAUUAAAAUCCUUUAAGUCAAAGGGAAGCUUGCUCUGUAGAUUUAAAUUCAAACUUCAUUUACUGGUGCACGAAGUCCCAUAAAACUAGGAUGUACUCCCACAAAAAUUUUAUUGGCCUUUUUGUAAGAGAUGAAAAAGAAUUGACACUGUUCUCCUUAAAGAGAGGGGGACUUUUUGUUAUUAUUAUUUUUAUCUCCAAAAGCAGCUGUUAUCCUUUGCUGUGGCCUAUACAUUUUUCUUUCAGGAAAUUCUGAGAGAAGCUAUUUAUUAAGUUUAAAUCACUAAAACAGGGGUUUUCCUUGGAUUAAAAUCUCUGGACUUGAAGACUUGAAGCACUUGUCUCUCUGAAAGAUGUUAUCUUAAAAAAAAAGAAGUAGAAAGAUAUGGCAUAUUCAUUCCCUUUCAGAAAGCAUACUUCAGAUGCCAAACUUCUAGCAAAGGUAUCUGUGAAGUUAGAAAAUAUUGUGAAAUAUACCAGUGCAAUGUUCUCUUUCCCCCUUUUAGUCAUUUCUCUUUUUCUAUCUGUUAGUAGUGGGUCAAGCUGCUCUCUGUAAAUGUCUUGAAUAAUAGAGUUGACAGAUGCAGUAAAGGAAAAGUUGUCCCAGAGGCUUUUGUUCCAGGUAUAGAAAGUUCAAAAGAAUUGCCAAUGAGCUAGAAAUGUGCCUCUAUGGCCUGUUAUAUGGCUCAGUUUCAUUAUUUUUUCUUCAUGUAACAUUGCAAGAUUCUGUCUUCUUAGUAUCUACCAUUGUCUUUAUUAGGGAUAACAGCCACAUAAAAAUGGGAAAGCAAAAUGUUGUCCUAAUAAUAGUGGCAUUAAAAAAAAAUUAGUAGCCCUUGGUGUUAGUUGCCAUAGCGCUGUAUUUGAAAUCAAUGCUUUAGCUAAAAGCUGAAUGGCCGCAGUUUCCACUGUUUUGUCCUUAUAGAAGUUUUCAAAACAACAAUCAAAAGUGUAUUUUGUCAACUGUCACAAAAGUGAAAAUGUUAACUGAUCUUAGAUGUGUUUGCAUUUUCUUUGUGUGUUUUUGUUUCUAAAUGAUUUUUAAAAGCUGCAGUUUACCAAGCUGUUUGGGUGUAUUAAACAGCAUGUGGUGUUUUUUGCAAGCGGUUCUAGGCAGGCCAGGGUCCACCACAUGGUCUUCUUACAUCCCCAUGGCGGGGUCAUCUCCCACAACAGGAUGGCAAUAGGAAGAGAGAUUUUUUUUUCUUUUAAUAAAAGGAAAAAGGAUGGAAGACCAACCCUAGCCAAUUAGUCACUAGUGUGUAGUAUUGUAAUCUGAAGUAGGAAGUUUAACGCACAUAGAGUAAUUGUAGUUUUUUAAGCAGCUGCUUAGCCUUUUUUUUUCCUCUUGCUGUGAAGACCAUGGAUUUGAAAUGUCCUCAUGAGGUGGGCCUAGGAAGUGAACAUCAAGCUUCAUGUCUUAGAACCCACCCACCAUCUGAACCCAAAGAUAAACACAGGCAGAACGCUUCAUGGUUACACCUGUACUUCUAAGAGCAUCCCCCCCCCCCGUCUACUUAAAUAAAAUUGAAAUUGAGAAAAAAGUGGUUCAACAUGAACCAUACCACUGUCCCUAAAAGAUGUAGCAUUUAAUGAUCAUGAUAGUUUCUUACAGAAAAGCAUGCCAUUCUUUUCAUGAAUGACUGCAGUUUUGUGCGUGUUAAAUAUUGUUAAAAUGGGGGGAAAUGCCCUUUUAAGCUCUGUUUCCCAACCCAUUGGACAAUGAUCACAUCAUUUCAAGCAAGAGUCUGUAGAACAACAUUUUAGCACAACAAAAGAAAAUUGGACAUUUCCUUGGAGUUUAACAUGAUAGAAUUAUAACUUCAGAAUCCAGCAUCUAUAAUGAUGGAGAGAAAGCAUUAGCAUUUUUGGAAAUGGGAAGUAUGCCUGAGGUCAUGUAGUCUAAUGAUUUCCAAAGAGAAAUAAAUUUAAUUUCAUUCAAUCAGAUUCAACAAGUAUUGGUUAAGCAUCUUUUCUGGGAAAAAAUGCUAGCAAAACGAAGCCCCCAAAUUAUAUAUUCCCUUCCUUCUCUACACCCUCUUUGACCCUAUACUUGAAGACUCCCUGUCUUGGCCACAAAUUGGGUGUGAUUCCAUUGAAGUAAAAUAACUGACCAUAUGACCUCGUAGGAGUCUUCCCAGCUCUCUGAUUUAAGAAUGUGAGGGCACUUUGUAAGUAAACUCUCAUUCCAUAAGACACAUUGAUCAUGGCAAAGAGAACAAAGCUGAGAAUAGCUCCAGUGGUACUCUUCUAUUCUCCCUUCCUAACUAGUUCUAAUUAUAGAACAGAUGUCAAUUCAAGCAGCAUUAACCCAGGCCUGCACUGAGACUUCUCUUAGAGAAUCAAGAAAAUAAAUCUGUAUGACUUGCCAUCACUUUGUGACCUUGCCAUUGAUCCUCCCAGGCAUGCAGGGAUAUCAAAAACUAUGGAAAAAGCUACUCCAAGGGACCAAAUUUCAGACCAAAAUAUUUUCCUUGUCUUUCCAAAAUAGAAUUAAGCUCCUGCUUCCUCUUGUCCAUAUCUCAGUGGCAUUUAAUUGUCCUUUGGGGUCUAUUACAUAUGCCCCCUCAUUACACACUCACAUGCACACAAAGACAUACAAGUGUGAAAACACAUAGGGAAACAGCAUCUUAUUCUCCUAACUCGAAUACAAACCAUGAAACCAAUUCUUUUUUCCAUUUAUUUCCAUUUCUGUAUUGAAAAACUUCAGAAGAUGUUUUUGUUUUUUUUUUUGUUUUUUUGGGGGGGAGAAUUGAUUUAUUUUCCCCUUUUGGUAGUGGUGCAGUAUGGGAUUGGUCUGUAGGCAUUUUCUAAAGAAAUGUCUCAGAUCGCCCUUUCUCACCUUACUCUCUGUUUUAUUUAAAUGUGUUCAGAGCUGGAAGACAACAGAAACAACAAAGAUCUGGUUGAACACUUGGUUUGACAUGAAGCUGAAGGAGCAAGCAAGCCAGAGAAGAUAGUUUGAAUAAAGCAUGGCCUUGGCUUCAUACCACACUUUCUGUGCCUUGUACUAUCAAUGUAAAUUCUGAAUGUUGUACAGUAAAUACUUGGAUGGACUCCUUAGAAAAGGCUGCACUGGCUUCUUUUUCAGCACAUGUACAUAUAUAUAAAUAUAUAUACAUAUAUAUUUGGUAAUGCCCAACAGCUGUGUUAUAUUGUAUUGAAAAAAUGGACAGUUUGGAUGUUUUAUGUAGAGUAUGCAGAAAUUGGAUGGCUACAGACUUUUGAAGAAAAAUGUACAGACAUAAAUUACUGCAUAUCGGUUAUUUAUGAAUAAAGAGUCUUUUAUUGACAUCUUA